UGUUUUGGAAAUGGGAAGAAGGAAGGAUAGAUCCAUUUUUUGUAAAAAAUUCUCCGUAAAAAUGGACACAUCACUCUCUGGCAUGUGCUAUCGCUGGCUCUAGCUCAUUUACAGUUCAUCGCUAGUUUCUUUCCUUAAUACGCCACGCCCAAAUACCCUUUAGCUUUCUCUCUCUCUGUGUUUGUGUGUGUUUUUGACCAUGGAUCCUGAAGCUCUUCUCGAGCAUGCUGUGUUUCAGCUAACCCCAACAAGAACAAGAUGCGAUCUUGUGAUCUUCAAUGGAGGGAUUAGUGAAAAAAUUGCAUCUGGGCUUGUUGGACCCUUUGUUUCGCAUUUGAAAUAUGCGAAAGAUCAGCUACCGAAGGGUGGGUAUUCGAUUCGUCUUACGCCGCCGACUAAUGUUGAUGCUUCUUGGUUCACUAAAUCCACUUUUCAGAGAUUUGUGAGGUUUGUUAGCACGCCUGAAGUUCUUGAGAGAUUUGUGGGUCUUGAGAAAGAAAUAUUACAGAUUGAGAGUUCGGCGGUUCAAUCUAAAUCCAUUGAAAAUGGGAUUAACCAUGAAGUAGAAGGAAAUUUAUCAACUGUUAAUGGGUUUUCCAAGCAUUCUCCUAAUGCUUCAAAGGUUAAGAAUGAGACUGAAGGAACUGAUGGUGCUGUUGUUGGACAAGAAGAGAAUUCCAAGAUUCGUCUUCAACGUCUAAUGGAGACCCGGAAAGCCUUACUUCGAAAGGAGCAAGCCAUGGCUUACGCUCGAGCCCUUGCUGCUGGAUUUGAAUUAGAGAACAUCGACGAUCUUCUCUAUUUCGCAGAUGCAUUUGGAGCUUCACGUUUAAGGGAUGCUUGUACGGAAUUCAAGGAUUUAUGUAAGAAGAAACAUGGGGAUGGGCUAUGGAUGGAUGAAUUAGCUGCAAUGCAAGCAGCAUAUGCUCAACUUGAACAGCCCUAUAUGGUCACACCAGGAAUUGUUCUUACCUCCGAUGGUAAUAAUGGUUUGGAUCAAUCGACUGACUCGAUUUCAAGUUCAGAAAACAAUACAAAUGGGACUGCUGCACCAGAUCAGAUUCCAGCUACAACAAACACAAACGUUCAAAUGCAAAUGCCAUGGCCGAAUCAAAUCCCUCCUUAUAUGUUCAAUUUUCAAAAACAAAUGCAGAAUAUGUCUCCUUAUCAAGCAUACCCUUUUCCGGGUAUGCCUCCUUAUUACAAUAUGGGUUGGCCUCCUAAUAUGGAUGAACAUCACAGAACAUCUUCCAAGAAGAAGAAGAAGAAGUCGCCAAACAGGGAAGCUGAUGAUGAAGAAGAAGAAGAGCUCACUGAAUCUGAACAGGAGAGUGAGUCAGAUACUAGGCGAUCGCAAUCGAACAAGAAGAAACAACAGAAGUCUUCUAAGACUGUUGUUAUUAAGAAUAUCAAUUAUAUCACUUCGGAUAAAAGAAAUGGAGAAGAAGAUGGAAGUUCCGAUGAUGAAGACGAUGAUUCGGUUGAAGAUGAGAUGGAUGAAGAUUCGCUCAAGCAAGUGCAUGACAUAAUAGGAUCAAUCCAGAAGCAUCAUCAGAAAUCAAAUUCAAACAAGAAGAAGAGGAGUGGGCAAAAGGGUUCGUCUCGUCAGGAAGUCGAGAACAAUGACGGUUCUGACAAGGCGAUCAAGGAAGUAAAAGGGAAUGAUAAUUGGGAGAAUUUUCAGAACCUUCUAAUGAGAGAUGACGAUCCACCAUCAGAUAUGGUUGAAAAUCAUCAAUCUGUUCAAAAUGAUUUUGAAUCUGGAAAUUCCCGUUCUUUUGAUCUGGCCUCUGAAAAGCUCAACACUAAACGGAAUUUCGGAAUGGAUUCUUUUGAUGUGUCAGAAAGGAACGUAGUUAAUGAAGGUAGAGGAAUGGAAGAUUUUGCAAACGGUGAAAACUUCCGUCCUAUACGGCUAUCUGGCGACGAUUCCAUGCUUUUAUCGCAAAGGGUAUCGGGAUCAGGAAAUAUUACUCGAGAAGGAUAUAUUCCCGAGUCUUCAACUAUCAAACAUGGAAAAGCGGAAGAUUGGUUCGUGGCAAAUCAUUCGGGAACAUAUGAGACGAACGGAAUUUCCACCGGGAAUAUGUUCGAAGGAAAUUUCCCUUCGCAAACCGCCGCCAACAUGGAAAAAGUCGAAAAAGUGGUCCCCAUUGACGAUUCUUUCAUGGUAACGACUCGUACUUCUGUCGACGAUCAUUUUGACUCGCAAUGGAAAACAGACAUAAGCAUGGUUUCUGGCAUCCUUAAUAGUUCCCAAACCGAGGUUCCAAACAAGCUCGAUAACCGUAAUAGCCUUGAACCCGACGAUCUCUGCGCUGUUUUCGCUAGGGAUUCGGCUAUCGGAGAGUCUUGGUCUUCUGAAAUGGACUAUGGUGUCGAGAUUUCUUUCGUCGAACCCAUUCAAAAGCCUGCAAUAGUUGAAACGAUUGUUCCUGUUCAAGUGGAAGCUCCAGAAAAUGGUAACAGCCCCAUUCCUAAGAAACAAACAAGGACUAAAACCUCGCCGGUUUCAAAGAUUAAAUCUGACUUUUUAUCGAGAAACAAGACCCCGGUUGCUGUGCGAAAGCCCAUCACCCCAAAGAGCAAACUGGAAAAGGAAGAGGAGGCCCGGAAGAGGAUGGAAGAGCAGAUGAUCGAACGACAGAAGAGGAUUGCCGAAAGAACUGCAGCCAGUGGAGCAGCUAAGAAAUUACCGCUAGUAGGAAGUAAAGUUUCACCCAGCAAGCCGGGGCAGCUUAAGAACACAACCACAAAGUGAUCGGUGUCGUUUCAGGUUUCAAUUUUGCGCUUAGCUCGUGAAAAAAUCAAACAUUCUUUUACUUUUACUUUUUACCAUGUGUGUUGGAUUGCUUGUGAAAUAUUAUAUGCCUCUCUUUUUAUGUAUAGUGUUAUUUGAGUUGUAUAUGAUUACACAUUGCUGGGAAUGAGAGCCUCCUUUUAGUCCA